UUAGUUUCUAUUACGAACACGUGUUUUUCAGCAUCCAAUUCCACCAGAAGAAUCAGAAGAAGAACACGUGUUUUCGAGUUACGCAUUCAAACUAGGAAACGGAUUAAUGUAGGAAUGGAUAAUGGUGACGAUUUAUACGUUGAAAUAGGGACUGUAACGGACGAGACAGUGGAAGUGCCCGUUUAUACUUAUAUAGCCAUGUUUGUACUCGAUUGUUGCGAAGUUUAUGACAUUAAUAUUUAUUUUGUUAAAUCAAAUGCAUCUUCACAGUUCUGUAUACCUGUAAAAGUCACGGAACACUUUAAAUUUAAAUUUAUCGAAUUCGAUGAUUUACCUCAAAACGUAAAAGACAGUCAUUUUCCUGUUAUUCAUUCGGUUAAUUCGUUGACGUGCAUAGGAGGUUUGUGUGCAGUAGUCAGAUGGGCGAUCAAAACAAAUCCAAAUGACAGCUACUCAGAUUUAUUAGGGUUUAGAAAUGGAUGUUUAAUGGCUUGCUCAGAAAACUCAAUAUGGACCAAAUUUUGUGAAGUUGACAUGCCUAAUUCUGUAAAUCUGUUGAUUGAUCGAAAAAGUAAUAGAAACGAAGAAUCUGUCUUACCAUCAGAUUUAUUGAAAUUGGAAUUUCAUCUUCAACAUCCUGUAAAAACUCAUAAUAUUUUGAAAAGAAAGCAAGAGUUUGUAAACAAAAUGAAAUCCCAUCAAAAUAACGAAUCCCAUUCCGGCAAAGACGUUUUCGAGAUGUCAUCUUUAAAGGAGUCGUUAGAAGAACAAUUAGAAAUAAAGAAAAAAUCGUCUUCCCCUCCGUCCGAAUAUACGAUGGAUAAAAGUUGCGUCAAUGUUAAACUACCACACAUUUACGUGGAGGGUAUAGAUUUUACUAUAGCUGACGUAAUUCUGUUACCUACCGUUCAUCAUCUCUUGACAGAGUUAAGACCUUGGAAAUCCGAAAUAGAGCGUAAUCUUCCGUUAUUAUUAAACUGGUAUCGCAGGUUAUUAAAAAACGAAUAUAUUUCAAAAUUAAUUGAUACUUGGAAAUGGGUUAAAUGGGAAGAUAUAUUUAUUGAAACGUAUAGAAAUGAUAUAAAAAUACCAGAAAUUCAAAAGGAGAGUUUGUAUACUAGAGAUCCUUUGAGAUGUAAACCUAGGAUGAGGAAUCGUGAUCCUGCUGAAAUUAUUGAUAAAUUGACGAUUGCUGGGGUAUGCCCGUAUUAUAGUGCUCACCCUUUCAAAAAUAACACAAGUCUCGAGUGGGAAGCAUUACCGAGGGCAGUUCAUCCUGCGGGAGGAGAUUUGCCAUUAAAUAGAAUAAUGAGAAAAUGUCAUCAAGUCGAAAGUAUCGUUACGGCCGUGUUAUCGUUAGCCGUUCCCGGUAAUCUGAUAGUCGAUUUCUGUGCGGGUGGCGGACAUGUUGGUAUUUUAAUAGCAUAUUUACGUCCUUCCUGUAAGGUAAUUCUUAUAGAAAAUAAAGAAUCAUCUAUGGAUCGUGCUAGAGCGAGAGCAAAAGAAUUGCAGCUUAGAAACGUAUUCUUUUAUCAGUGUAAUAUGGAUUAUUUUUGUGGAAGAUUUGACAUUGGCGUGUGUUUACAUGCUUGUGGAGUAGCAACCGAUUUGGUAAUUAGACAGUGUCUUUCUCAAAAUGCCAGUUUUGUCUGUUGCCCGUGCUGUUACGGUUCGAUUAAGAAUUCUCAUUUGGUUCAAUAUCCAAGGAGUGAAAAAUUUAGAGAGUGCGGUGUGAGUUAUGAGGAAUAUCAACUGUUGUGUCAUUGUGCGGACCGUACUGAAGUAGCGACGCCAAAAGUAGAAGAAGGUAAAUACUGCAUGAGCAUUAUCGACACCGAUAGAUAUUUCCAUGCGUACGAAAAUAACUACAACAUCCGAUUAACUACUCUGCAACCGCCGUCUUGUACGCCCAAAUCUAAUUUAUUGAUAGGAGUACCUAAAAGUAAUAAUUAGAAAAUGUAAUAAGAAUAAAAAUCUUUUAGUUACAAAUUUUAUGCUGUGUAGCUUUCAUUUUACGUCUUUGCUAUUAAACCAAAAUAUAAAAUUUGAAAUGUACCGAUUCAAAGAAAAUUAUUAUUAAACUUCAAUUGAAAAACAUUAACACACACAUUUAUAUAAAAACAUAUUACUGUAAUUUCAUGCAGAUAACUCAAAACCU